AUGUGGCCAUCACAGGGUACCAAUGAUUACACUACCAAUGAACGAUCAGCACCGAUUAAUAUGCCAAAUCGGCAAUCGGAUCUAACAUCAGGCUAUGCUGAUCCUCAUGGCGUUGUUUUUUCACCAAAAUCAACUGAUCCAGCUAAUCUGGGGAUUAAUAUGUGUAUUAAUAUAUUAGAAGGAGAUAAUUCACCACGUGUAAAAGAUUCGGCUAUUAAAGAUGUUACUCAACAUAUGCAAAAUAUGAAGAUUUAUACUGACAGUGAUAAUAAUAAAAAAGCUGUUGAUAAUUCAACUGUUUAUGAUGUUAAAUCUGAUGAUAAAACAAGUGAAACAGAAUCAAAUCGUAAACAAACACCACGUUCAUCACCAGGACAUGUUAAUAAUGAUUUAACAAAUAGUACUAAUAAUGAAAAUCUUCCAUCAACAAAUCCGAUUGGUGCUGGUGAUGAUACAAAUGAUGGUUUAAUAACACCAUCACAUUUAAUAAUGAAUGGCGCGCCUACAGCAUCAGUGCCUAUACCUUUUCAACGGAUGCAAGCUAAUAGUCAGCAACAGAUGCUGCUUUAUCCGCAACAACAAGCUUAUCCACCUCAAUAUCAUAUUGUUUCUCAACAACAACAACAAGCAGCUCAUUAUGAUAUGAAUCAACCAACAACAAAUUUUCAAACAUUUGAUUAUACAUUAAUUCAACCUCAAUCAUUUGAAAGUCAAUCAAUAAUGACAGCAUUCAAUCCACAAGCAAAUGGAACGAAUCAACAAGAUCCUCAAUUAGCAAAUUUAGCUCAAACACCACUUAUGUCAUGGUUAUCAAAUACAAUGGCUGCUCAACAACAAACAGCUAAUCAACAAUCACCAUAUGCAUCAUCAAAUCAAUAUAUUAUAAAUAGUAAUCAAGAUAAUUAUUUACAACAAUUACAAAAUUAUCAUCAAUCACCAGCAACACUUCCAUCAUUACUGGGUCAACCACAAUAUUGGUCAGCAUUACCAACAGCUCUUGUUUUUCCAGCACCACCACCACAAGCCAUGUUAGCGCAACAACAAACAACAACUAAUGAACAACAAUCACCACAAUCGAAAGCAAAUAAUAAUAAUCGUCCGUUAACACCAACAAAUUCAGGUGAUAUAUUAAGUACAUCACAAUCUAAUCAACAAGCACAACAAUAUAUGAAUAUGCAACGUACAACACAAACACCAGUCAAUUUUCCAUUUUUUGCUGCUGCUUCACCAACAUUUCUUGAUCCAAGUAUUAUGAUGCCAAGUACACGACAACCAACAGGAUCACCAGGACUUCGUAUGUAUCCACAACAAGUACCAAUGCCAGUUAAUACAAAUAAUCAAGGUGGUUUAUAUGGUAGUCCAGUAGCAAGUUCACUUUCAAGUUCAUUCAAUGAUGUUUAUACUGUUCCAACUCAACGGCGUGAUGCACAAUUACCUGAUUUUUCUCGUCUUGUUACGGAUCCUCGUUUAACAAAACCAAUUCAACAACAACAGCAACAACAAACACCGUUAUAUCAUGGUCAAUUACCCGGUGGUUUACCUCCAUCACCUGCAUACAAUAAUUUAAUGCCUUCAAUGACACCACCACCAUCAUCUAAUACAAAUACAUUUGAUGGAAUGUUUAAUGCAAGAUUUUUUCCACCACAAAAUCAACCAGGACAAACAACCGUACCACCACAGCAAGCAAUGCUUAAUGGUAAUGAUGUAUAUACUGGACGUCGUAGUGUUGGUGGUCUUAGUGGACCAAUGCCUAAUUAUUAUGCACCAAAUGUUUUUGGUGGAUCAGGAAAUAAUAAUAAUAAUAUACGUGGUAAUAAUACAAUAUCAAAUUCAGGACGUGAUUCUGUUAUAACACGAAGUAAAUUAUUAGAUGAUUUUCGUAAUAGUCGUAUGCCAAAUUUACAAUUACGUGAUGUAAUUGGACAUUUUGCUGAAUUUUCAAUGGAUCAACAUGGUUCAAGAUUUAUUCAACAAAAACUUGAACGUGCAACAAAUGCUGAAAAAGAUAUGGUUUUUAAAGAAAUUAUAACAAAUGCGCCACAAUUAAUGACAGAUGUUUUUGGGAAUUAUGUUAUUCAAAAAUUUUUUGAAUUUGGUUCACCGGAACAUAAAGCAUAUUUAGCUCAUAGUAUACGCGGUAAUGUUUUAUCACUCGCUUUACAAAUGUAUGGUUGUCGUGUUAUACAAAAAGCUGUUGAAACUUUACAACCUGAAUAUCAAAUACAAAUCGCAAGAGAAUUGGAAGGAAAUAUUGUUAAAUGUAUUGAAGAUCAAAAUGGAAAUCAUGUUAUACAAAAAUGUAUUGAAUGUUGUUUAGGAGAUGAUAUUGAUUUUAUAAUACGUGAUGUAACAAAACAAGUUUUUCAAUUAUCAGCACAUCCAUAUGGUUGUCGUGUUAUACAACGUAUACUUGAAAAUUGUAAAGAAUCACAAACAAGACCUAUACUUGAUAUAUUACAUAGUGAAUUAGAAAAUCUUGUUCAAGAUCAAUAUGGAAAUUAUGUUAUUCAACAUGUAUUAGAACAUGGUAAAAUUGAAGAUCGAAGUCGUAUUGUAAAUGCUAUUAUGGGACGGGUACUUCAUUUAUCACAACAUAAAUUUGCAAGUAAUGUAGUUGAAAAAUGUGUCACUUAUGCAACACGAGAUGAAAAACGACAACUUAUUGAUGAAGUUGUUUCAUUUGGAGAUGGACCUAAUUGUGCAUUGUUAACCAUGAUGAAAGAUCAAUUUGCUAAUUAUGUUGUACAAAAAAUGAUUGAUGUUGCUGAACCAGCUCAACGAAAAAUUCUCUUACAAAAAGUUCGUCCACAUAUUCAAUCACUUCGAAAAUUUACUUAUGGUAAACAUAUAAUAACAAAAUUAGAAAAACAUUUAAGUAAAAGUUCCGACUUGGGUCCAUUAUUAACAUCAUCAACAUCAAAUUCAAAUGGUUUGUCACAUUAUGACAACUAA